UGUCUAUCUCUCUCUAUAUAUAUAAUUUUUUUUCAGAUCAUUUAAUAUCUUAUCAAGGCAUUAUAUAAUCUGUGUCAUUUCCUGCACUGCCUAAAAAUGUUAUAUCUUGAAGACUACUUAGAAAUGAUUGAACAUUUACCACAAGAAUUAUGUGACAGAUUCACAGAAAUGAGAGAGAUGGAUUUACAAGUGCACAAUGCUAUGGAUAGUUUGGAUGAAAGAGUAAAAACCUUUUUUCCAAAUGCAAAGAAAUUGAAAGUUUCUGAAAGAGAUACUGAAUAUGAAAAAAUAAGGCAAGACUAUUAUAAAGCACUAGAAGAUGCAGAUGAAAAAGUUCACAUAGCAAAUCAAGUAUAUGAAUUAGUUGAAAGAUACUUACGAAGAUUAGACCAAGAACUUCAAAAAUUUAAAAUGGAACUAGAAGCAGAUAAUGCAGGUAUUACAGAAAUACUAGAAAAAAGGUCUCUUGAACUUGAUAAUCCUCCUCCAACAACAAAUUCUAUUUCAUCAAAUUAUCCAAGAGGUGAGAAAAGAAAACAUGGACAACAAAAUAUUUCUAUAACUUACACACCUGAGAAACAGAUAGGAACAGAAAAAGUAUUCUCAUCAAUAGCCACAGAAGCAAUGAGGGAAACAAUUGGUGGAAGUAGAGUGUCUGUCCCUGGUCAUUCUCCAUCUUCUUCUUCAACAAGUAGUAGUAGUUCUACAGGCUCAGCUCAAGAAAGAACUAUAGUGCUUACACCUCAAACCAAAAGUGCAUUUGGUGGUACAAAUGCUCUUGCAGCAGCUGCUUCCCAGGCAAUUGCUGCCACUCAGCAGUCACUUAAACGAGGCAGUUCUCAAAGUCAAUCCAAUCUAGUUCCACAGGGUCGCCGUACUGCAAGUUUGAAGGCCAGUUAUGAAGCAGUGAAUUCAGGUCAAAAUCUUGGUAAAGAACUAACUUUAGGAAACAGAGAAAUUAAUUCUGUUGCAGCUGUGCCAGCAAAUAUUGCAAAUACUGUGACUGUUCCAAAUGAGCCCAAAACUAAAGUAAACAAAAAAGCACGUACUAAUCAAGUAGUUCCGCCUCCAGAACCACCACAACUGAUGGAUGAUUCUGAAGAUUCAUCUGUGAUUGAAGAGAAUGUUACUUCUGAUUGGACUUAUGAUCCUAAUGAACCAAGAUAUUGUGUAUGUAAUCAAGUGUCAUAUGGUGAUAUGGUUGCUUGUGACCAUAAAGAUUGUCCUUUUGAAUGGUUUCAUUACCAGUGUGUUGGAAUAACUCAGCCACCCAAAGGCAAAUGGUUUUGCCCUCAGUGUGCAGCAUCUAUGAAGCGAAGAAACAGAAAAGAUAAAUAAUGUAAUUUCUUUAAAAUCCAACGUGGAGUAUCUCCAUAUACACUAAUAAUUCAUAGUGUAUUUACUUUUCAUCAGUAUGUUAAAUAGUGUAAAAUUACAUGCAGUAUUGCAUGAUAUGCAUUGGUUUUUGAUAAACUGUUUAAAUUAUGAUGAAAGUUCUGUGAUCUUGAAUAUAUUAAAAUGCUUAAUUUAAUAUA